AUGAAUGUUGAAGGUAUUGAGAAAUUUUUAACUGAAUUUAAACGUGAAACAUAUGGUAAUCGUGAUGUUGUUACUGUUGGUGAAGCAAAUGGUGUUAGUGCUGAUCAAGCUGUUCAUUGGGUUGAUGAAGAAAAAGGAAAAUUUCAUAUGAUAUUUCAAUUUGAAGCAACAAAUUUAUGGGAAAAAGCAUUAGGUUCACUUAAUGUUUCCGCAUAUAAACGUAAUGCAUUAUUUCUUGAAAAUCAUGAUAAGCCACGUAUAAUAUCAACAUGGGGUAAUGAUAAAGAAUAUUGGAGAGAUUAUGCUACUGCAUUUGCAACUGUUUAUAUGUUAAUGAUGGGAACACCAUUUAUCUAUCAAGGUCAAGAAAUUGGUAUGAUAAAUGUACGUUUUCCAUCUAUUACUGAUUAUCCUGAUGUAGCUGCAAGAAAUUUUUAUAAUCUUGAAUUGGCUAAGGGUAUUAAACAUAAUGAAUUUAUGGAAAUAAUUUAUAUGAUUGGUCGUGAUAAUGCUCGUACACCAAUGCAAUGGGAUGAUUCAUUAAAUGCUGGUUUUAGUACAGCAGAACAAACAUGGAUUGGUAUUAAUCCAAAUUAUGUACAUAUUAAUGUUGCACAACAAGAAAAAGAUGAACAUUCAAUAUUAAAUUUCUAUAAAUGUCUUAUAUGCUUAAGAAAAGAUAAUGAUGUUUUUAUAUAUGGAAUAUAUGAUUUAAUAUUAUCAAAUCAUAAACAAAUCUAUGGUUAUACACGUACAUCAGAUACUAAACGAGCUUAUAUUUUAACAAAUUUAACAGAUCGUAUAGCAGAAUUUACUUUAUAUCAAGGUUUAUCAUCAUCACAACUUGUUCUAACAAAUUUACUUGAACCGAUACCUGAACACAAGGAUGAAAAAUCAUUUAAAUUUCAUCCUUAUGAAAUUCGUGUAUAUAUAAUCGAUUAUCAUGAAGAAGAAUUGCAUCAUCUUGAAGAAAAGAAACAUGCUACUGAUCAAUCUGAAAAUAUACAAUCAACAUUGUCAACUGAAUCAAAAGAAAAAGAUGAAUUAAUAAAGAGACAACAAAUUGUUUUAGAAAAAUUUGAAGAUAUGUCUCAUAAUUCAUUACAUCAAACAGAACAAAGUCAAAAGGAUAUUAUAUCAACAUUAACAGAAACAACAGCAAAAACUUUAUCUGAAACACAAACAUCAAAACAUAAAUUAACUUCAGAAAUAAUAGAUCAAGAAAAAAUCAUAUCAUCAGAUAGUUCAAAAAUUGAUCUCGAAAAUGAAUCAAUAUAUAAGAAACGAGAACGACAACGAUCACUUAUACUUAAUCUUGAAAAUAUACUAUCUGUUGUACAAAAUAAUCCAAGUUCAUUUGAUCAACAUCGUCGAUCAUUUUCUACUCUAAUAUCUCAAACAUCAAGAAAACCAAGUUUUAUAAGUCAUCAUCCAU